AUGUCAGCUUUCAAGCGUGAUGUGAGCAUAAGUUUAGGACUGUUUGAAGAGACUCCACCAAAAAAGCAGUCUAUACUCAGGUCAUGGCGACGAUUAUCAAGUUUACAACGCAUGGUUGUUGGUCUUCUACUACUGUGUACUGUCAUCAUUGCAUUCUUUGUCUUACCUGGCAUACUAAAUGGUGAAAGUGGUUCCAUGAAUUCAUCAUUAAAUGGUAGUGACAGGAAGGCUGCACCAUCUGGUGACACAAAUGAUAAGGACGCACUGGACAAAAAUUUACCAGAGUCUCAGCAAGAUGGCAGUGACAAAAGGGGUGUGGAUGACCAACAUAAACAGGUUGAUCAAAUGGUUGGGCCUCUAGAUGAUCACAAAUAUGUGUCAACCUAUGACUUCUUUAAUGGUCAGGUUCAGACCGACAGACAAAAACAGGUUGUGGCUGCUUUCAAGCAUGCAUGGGCCGCUUACAAAAAGUACGCCUGGGGUCAUGAUGAACUUCACCCUAUCAGCAAGUCCUCGUCCGAGUGGUUCGGGACCGGCCUGACCUUGGUGGACUCCCUGGACACUAUGGUCAUUAUGGGUUUGAAAGAUGAAUAUGAGGAAGCCAAGCAGUGGGUAGAGCAAAACCUCACUUUUAAUGUUGACCGUUACGUUAAUCUCUUUGAGGUGACCAUACGAAUUCUGGGCUCCCUGCUAGCAACCUACCACCUUACAGGUGACCUAGUGAUGAAAUCAAAAGCGGUUGAUCUUGGAGAUCGACUACUGCCAUCUUUUAACCCAGACUCAAAGAUUCCAUAUUCAGAUGUCAAUCUGGCAAAAGGUUUGGCUCGAGCCCCUAGAUGGGGUCCAGACAGCAGUACCUCUGAGGUUACCACUAUACAGUUAGAGUUCCGGGACCUGACCGCAAUCACUGGGAAUAACAAAUAUGCAAGUGCCGUUCAUGAGGUAUCGAUGCACGUCCAUGAGCUCCCUAAAACUGAUGGCCUUGUGCCUAUUUUCAUCAAUGCCAAUUCAGGUGACUUUCGGCCGGCAUCAACCAUAACUUUGGGAGCAAGAGGGGAUAGUUACUACGAAUAUUUGCUGAAACAGUGGAUUCAGAGUGGUCGACAGUUGACAGUUUUCAAGGAUGACUUUGCAGAGAGCGUAGAAGGAGUAAGGAAAUGGUUGCUGAGAAAGUCGGAACCCAGCAAACUGCUCUUUGUAGGAGAGCUUCUUAAUGGAAGGAACUUUAGUCCUAAAAUGGACCAUCUGGUUUGCUUCUAUCCUGGCACUCUGGCUCUGGCCCACCAUGCCGGUAUGAGCAGUGAGUACCUGGAGCUGGCGAAGGAGCUGCUCAACACCUGCUGGGAGACCUACAACAGGAUGCCCACCAAGCUUAGCCCAGAGAUCACCUACUUUAACCUGGCAACAGGUGCAGGGGAGGAUCUCAUUGUCAAGCCUCUGGAUGCCCACAACCUACUGAGACCAGAAACACUAGAGAGUAUGUUUUAUCUCUACCGGUUCACGGGCGACCAAAAAUACAGAGACCAAGCCUGGCAGAUAUUCUUGGCUUUUGAAAAGCAUACAAAACUGGCCGAUGGCUACUCCUCGAUUCACAACGUGAAGGAUAGCAGAAAUCCUAGAUACAGGGAUAAGAUGGAGAGUUUUUUCCUCGCAGAAACGUUGAAGUAUUUAUAUUUGAUAUUUAGUGACGAUCCUGAGCUGAUAUCACUAGAUAAAUAUGUUUUUAACUCAGAGGGUCACCCUCUGCCAAUUUUACAAAGUGAUUAA